AUGUAUUAUGUUGGUGGUACCGAUGUGCUUUUGGGUGCUUACACUUCUGGUGAAGCUAUCAAAAGACUUACUGAUCAUCUGCGUAGCGACUGGGAGAAAUUGGAAAGUGAGGAGGAAUACGAAAUUAUGAAAACUUAUGCCGCGAACUCGAGACUGUUUUGUUUGGCAUUAUGCUUAUAUUAUUACAUAGCUCCUGGUGUAUUUACAUUAAUUAGCGUCGUACCGCACAUUAUGAAUGUCCUAUUACCGCUCAAUAAGUCCCAGCCCAUAAUAAUGUCUUAUGAGGCUUAUUACUUCGUGGACGGCGAAAAAUAUUUCUUCUACAUUUUCUUCCACAUUCUUGUGAGCGUAGAGAUAUGUUUGACGGCGGUGAUCGCGCACGAUAGCAUGAUUGUGGCUUACAUCGAGCACGCAUGCAGCAUCUUCGCUGUGGCUGGGUAA